UACUUGCCCGCUGCCUUCGACCCUCGCCUCUGCUUGGCGAUAGCAGUCCUCGUUGCUCACUGGAGGUCGUCAACACAAUGUCUACCGUCACGGCGACUCCGAGAAGGCUAGCUAGCCAUGACUCCGGCAAUGUGCCCACCACCCCCCAAACGACGCGGGUAGCAACGUCGCACAUCGUUCAAUCCUCUCCGCACUAUCAGACGACCCGGAGACACUCAUUGUAUGGAACCGAAGACAGGAUAGUUAUUGAUCCUGGGUCGCGCCUUUGGAAGGUGGGAUUCAGUGGAGAGGGCAAACCGAGGGACGUCUUCACUGCUGAGGAGCAUGGUUCCUCGCUUUGGACUCUCAACCGUGCCACCAAACCUGCCGAACGGGAAGGCGAGGACAAGAUGCUUGAAGCAAGAUUGCAGGACCGGCUACGCGCCGUGUUCCACGACUCACUCAUGACCGACCCUAAGUCGCGCAAAGUGAUAUUGGUGGAGCAUCCACUGCUACCGCUGCACAUCAAAGACAUCAUUGCUCGAAUACUAUUCGAUAAUCUGCAGGUUCCGUCUAUCUCGUUUGCUUCAAGUCAUCUCCUCUCGCUACUUGCAGCAGGCAGGAUCACAGGUCUUGUCCUCGAUUGUGGCCACCUUGAGUCUACCGUCCUUCCAAUAUUUUCCUCCAGACCAUUGUUUCCUCAUCUGCGAACAACUCCUCUGGCAGGCAUGCGCUUGUCAUCACACAUCCGAGCACUGCUUCUACUGUUUGGCACUUACAUUCCACCGUUGACCUCUCUAAGCGGCGCCGCUAACAUACCUGCCGCUACCCGCUCUAUGCGCGUGCCCGAGGAAGUGCUCACCGGUGCGAUCAUAGAGGAGAUAAAGACGCGCUGUUGUCUGGUCGGCGAGUCCCUGGAUUUCUCUGACGGCGGUGCCGGGCGGGUCAUGUCGCCCUCAGGCGACGACUCGUUCGAACACGACCUUCCCCCUUCCAGCGACCCCGCCUCGAUGUCUGAGUCCGAGUUCUCUCGUGUCUCUGCGUCGGAGAUGGACAGUAACUACGCGGCAUCCUCGGGGUUUUCGGUGGUCUCUCGGUCGCAAGUUCAUCCAGACGGCCCGCGUCCUGGAGAGACGCAUUUGCAGGCCCUUGCGGAGAUGUAUAAGCGGCAUUCUACGGCGACGGACUUGCACAUGCAAGUUGACCCGCCUAAGGACCAGCAAGUAGGCACAGGCAAAGGCACACUCAUCAUACCAGGCUGGAUCAGGGAACGUGGGGCGGAAGUGCUCUUUGAGGGUGGUGACGUCGACGAGAGCAGUAUGGCGGAGGUCAUCCUUGAUUCUCUCUUGAAGGUGCCCGUCGAUCUCCGCAAGACGCUUGCAUCCACCAUCCUGGUCGUUGGAGGCACACCCAUGCUACCAGGGUUCAUCCCUCGUCUCCAAGCGGAGCUCGUCCGCGCAAUAAAUUCGUCCGCGCCAACGUCUACCCGCCCUCCAAGCCGCCCUGGGCGACCCCGACCCGAUCCAUACGACCGCUAUGCCCCGCUCCGUCCACUGCUCCCGUACUUCGCUAUCUUGAACAAUCCAUCUCCGCCACCGCCGACGUCCACGAGUUUCGUCACGAACGCUGGCAGGGCGCCUGCCUUUACACCAGCUACGAUGGCAUGGGUCGGAGGAUCCCUGGCCGGGGCUCUGAAGACUGGUGGUGUCGAGGUGGCGAGAGAGCGAUGGGACGAGGCGGACGUCCAACCGGAAGGCGAAGAUGACGGUAUGGAGGGCAUCGUCGAUACCUCACGGUCACCGAGGAAUGUCCUGCCGGACUGGACACGCACACCGCUCCCAGUCGGCGCGCCCCCGGCUCCUCGACCACAGCCUGCGCCUACGAUAAUCACCCUUCAGACGGAAGUUGGUGCAUGAUGCUCUUUCCUAUGGAGAUACGGUAUGGCUUGUUGUAUGUGAUGUGCUCUUACGCUGAUUUGUGAAAGCGUUUAUGGUGUCUGGCGUUCAUUCGUCCAUUCGUACGUGAUGGCAUUCUAGGGAGUGGCCCUCACGUACUGGGGGCCUUGGUAUUAGCACUUUGCAUCACAUUGCACUGUUGCUUGUGCACAAUAAGCAGUGUACAUGCGUCU